AACACGAACGUUCGUAGUGCAACACAAUCAGUCGUUGGCUCGUGUCGUCCCGGAUGUGGUUGAUCGUCUGUACGGUGAUCGUAGUUAUUAACGUUAAUAUUUGUGCGUGUAUUAAUUAUUGUUUUUUUAUCCUUUGCCUCUUGCAACUUUUGAAUUCCGUAGAAAUCACUUGAAUAUAUAUUUUAUGCAAUUUGCUGUAUGAGGUAAUUUUUAACCCUAGGACCUGAAAACCGCCUGCAAAUGGUAUCGUCUCUUCUCCGAAACAAAAAUGAAGCUAUGAAAGAGGGUCCGGAAGGUUGCAUUGACGACCCCCUGGACUCGUUACAGUUUGACGUGGCAUCCAACACGCCAUCAUCGACCAGUCGGCAGCCUGAAAGCCAAGCGGAAGUUUCCACGUUAUGUAUAGCGUCGACAGACGACGAUGACAUCGACAAGAUAAUUGCAGGCGAAUGGCACGGUGGACAAUGUAAAAGUUGUUGCAACAGAUGUGCUUUCAGAGAAUGGAGACUAGUCGGUGAUAAGUUGCAACUGUUUUGUUUCAAAGAUUACGAUGAGCUACUAGCAACUCGACCGACGAUAGCUAAUAUAGAGUUUUGCUUUCGAUUCAAAUCAAGUCCCAAGUGUUUGAAACACCCAAAUGUGCCCAAUGCAAACUGUUUUAUAUUUUUUGAAAUUGUCUCAGGUGACAUUCAUAAAAAUUGGGCACAAGUGGUGCGACGGCUGAAAGAAGUGUCCAUCAACGCCACACCUACUCAGAUUCGCCGAUGGUCUCGAACAGUGGACGAUAACGGUAAUACAGCACUCAUUCUUGGCGUAAAAAGACUGAUGAACUGUGGACUCUUUAAACGGGCGCACCAGUUUGCAGUGAUGAUGUUGAAGUUCGGCAGUGAUGUAAACUGGUUAAAUAACAGUGGAAGGUCACUGAUCACUUAUACCGUCCACUACAUGGAUCAAGCUGUGGACAUUACAAGACUCCUUUUAAACAGUGGUGCUACGGUUUGGCUCGAAGAUUGCAACUCGGAUGCCAGACGAAACUAUAUAAGUAUGUUGAAAGAAUAUCGGUCGNUAAGUAUAUUGAAAGAAUAUCGGUCGAGGACAGAACCGGACAUGUGGUGUUUAACAGAUAACCCAGUUGAGAAUCCGAUGGAUAGUAUAUUUACAUGGUUCCUACGUUCAGUAAUGAUCAGACGGCGAUUAGACGACAGCUGUCUUCAUACAAUGUCAUUGCUUUCACAGUCCAUGGGAGAAGAUCCAACAAGAAUGCACUCACAUGUGAUGCGUACCAUGUUCAGUCACGCCCAGUGUUACAACAUCUUUGGACCCGUGUUUUUCCAGAUCAAACGAGCUUUAGCACCUCAAUGGGCUGAACCGCAUUCACUUCAGCAACUGUGCCGAAAGUCGAUAAGACGAUCUCUGUUUAAAGGAUACCACAACAACACUCACCUGGAUACUGUAGCCGAGUUGAAUUUACCCAAACCUUUGGAGUCCUAUGUCGCGUAUCACAAUUAAUUAUUUUAAUUAAAAUAAGCCCAUUGCUCUCUUUUUUUUUACACUUCUCCAAUGCCUAGUCGACUAAUUUAAUAAAGUGUACUCUAUCGAUAAUAACUGGCAAACUUCGCCGUAUAUAAUCGAUUGGUUUUCCUAGACAAACAAUGUAUUAGGAGUAAAAUAUUAUUAUUUUAUUUACUAUUAUAAUCCAUACCAUAUAUUUAAAAUUAAUUAUGGCAAUCAUACCAUUUAAAAGUUGAAAAUUUAAUGAAAAUUUUCAAUGUUAAUUAAAUGUUUUAUAAUAUGACAAAUGUGAAAACCACGAACAGUUUAUAAAAAAUUUCGUUUCGGUUAAUGUAACUUUUUAUCAAAGCUACUCGAUGUAUUACAAUGUUUUACCAUUACUAUCAUUGAAUUCUAUUUGUUAUAAAUUAUUAUGUUUGCAUUCUUGCCACUUCAAUUAUUACUGGAUAUCCUCCAGUAAUAAUUGAAUAAUUUUAUGUAUAAUUUGUGUAUACUAGUUAUAUUGAUAUGUAUGUACGUACUAUCUGUGUAUAGUAUAUUAAAACAAAAUAUUAGAUUAUGUAAGAUGUUUACAAUAAAUUUAAAUUAUUUACCAUUAAGAGCGGCCAGCUAUCAUAUCCUAUGUUUUACCAUUAUAUUUGGUGUAAUUUAAUUGAUCAUAGCAGACUUGAGAACCAAAUUAUUAAAAUAUCCAGAAGUUGUUUUUAAUUCAACAGUAAGUGAUUUAUAUUUAAUGAUUGUUAUUUUUGUUCCUUCGAGAAAAAUUGAAAUUAGUAAUUAUUAUUAUAUUGAUAAUGUUGAUAAUUAUUAUACUUGUUCAACUUAGCAUUAAAUAUAAAAAUAGCAUGGCCGUCGUGAUAUGUUCUAAUGAUUACUGAUUAAGAACACUGCCUUUGGUUUUAUUUUUAUUGUAAUUUUUGUGUAUUUAUAUUCCUAAAAUUUAAUUGAUUACCUACAAUUUGAUUUUUUUUUACAAAUUUGUUAUUAAGAUACUAAUAAGAUGUUGUAUAAGUAGUUAUUUUAGACAACAUGUACGCUUAUGUAAUUAUGUAUAAUCUAGUCGCAAUUUAGGCGAAUAAAACCAAAGGGUAAAAACAAAAUUAUGUAUUAUAUUAACUUCGAAUUUAAAAUACCAUACAAAAAAGUUGUUGAUUCAA